AUGCCGCCUUCCAAGUCUAGGCCCACUGUCUUCUAUGCACGCGAUAAGUCCCCUGUGGAGGAGCACAACGGGCCUUGUGCUAGUAUCGAGGGGGAUGGUGAUGAAGAUGAAGAAGAAGAGCUCAUCCCAAAAAUUACUUCUGACCUUGUGGACUAUGCGAGUUCCGAAGAGGAACUCAAUUCUCCUGAGUCUGAGAAAACUGAACAAGACUCUAAGCCCGAGAAACGCGCUCCUUCGCCUGGAGAGGAGAGCGAUGAAGAAGCCGCAGAUGCAAAGGCAGCCCCUCCAGCCAAGCGCCAGCGUCGGUCGCAAGUGAACAGUUUAGCUCCACCUCGUCGUUCUAAGCGUGUUGCAUCCACUGCUAGCCUUCAGGAUGAGGAUACUUGUGGCGCGGAGGAGAAGAAGCCCGUUGCUGGAAAAAGAGGUCGCGGUCGUCCUCCAGCCAAGACAAGAGUGACCAAAGCUGAAACAGCCUCAGAGAGAAGCCCUCCUGCCAGAAAGAAGGCUACGCGUAGCGAGUCUACUACCGAAUGGGAGGUUGAGAAAAUCAUUGAUUCUCAGGUUGACGCCGAUACCAAGGUGCUUUACUACCAGGUCAAGUGGAAGGGUUUUGGCAACAAGGAGAACACUUGGGAGCCUAAGAAGAAUUUGAGUAAAUGCGCAAAGCUCAUCAAGGAUUUUGAGAAGGAUCAGUGA